AUGGGGAUGGAGCAGGCGGGGAAGCCCCAGACUGCCUCGUAGGCGCUGACCACGCUCUGUCCCCGCAGGGCUCCACGCUGCCGGCCGCAGGCCACGCGCCGCCGGUACCCGCUGCCUCAGGCCCGGCCUGCCCUGCCGCUGUGCCUGUCCACCGCCCGCUGGGAGGGCAGCUCGCCCCGCAGCGCGCCUUGGGCCCGCCGCGCCGGCCCGCUCCGCAGCCCCGUCACCGUGAGGAUCGCCCCGCCGGGCGCCGGCAUCGCCCGCUCCCCGGCUAUGGAGCAGCUGGUCUCACCUCUAGCCUUCCCGGCCACCAGCAGCCCUGACCCGUGUGCAAAGGAGACUGUGCUGAAUGCCAUCAGGGAGAGCAGGAAAAGGGCCGUGGAGGAAGAGGAGGAGGAGGAGGACCAGCCUUUUGGGAACGAUCAGGAGAGCAAAAGAAGGCGCCACGACAGCAGUGGAAGUGGGCAGUCAGCAUUUGAGCCACUGGUAGCUAAUGGUGCCCCUGCCUCUCUCAUACCCAAGCCAGGCUCUCUGAAGAGGAGCCUCGUCUCACACUGCCCCGAUGACUGCUCCAACAAGAGGUCUCGCACCUCCUCUGUAAGCUCCCUCAACAACACCUACGCAGGUGGUAUCCCCAGCUCCAUCCGCAACGCCAUUGCCAGCUCCUACAGCUCCAGCCGGGGUCUCGCACAGCUGUGGAAGAAAAGUGGUGUGAGCAUGUCCCCCCUGUCCAGCCCAGCAUCCUCCCGCCCCCAGACGCCGGAGUGGCCUCUCAAGAAAGCCAGGGAAGAGGAGUUGCAUCGUUCCAACGCUUCCACUCCAGUGAAGUCAGACAAGGAGCUACAGACAGAGAAAGUGAUGGAGUCACCAGUGUGGAAGAAGCAGAAUUCCCUGAGCCCGUCGUCUACGUCAGGGAGCAGUGGGAAGCGCAAGCGGAAGAUCCCGUUACUGUCAUCUCUCCGUGGGGACCAGCUGGUGCUGCCCCCGCCGCCUCAGCUGGGCUACUCCAUCACCUCGGAGGAUCUGGAUGCAGAGAAGAAGGCAGUGCUGCAGUGGUUCAACAGUGUCUUGGAGGAUAAGGCUGAUGCAGUUCCCAGCACCACUGCAGAGACGACACCUGUGUCCAGGCCGCUGGCAUUUGCUGUGACCUCCCCAGGGCCUACGCCUGCCUCCACAGCUGCCCCAUCYAGCUCCUCGCUCCUGGACAGCCUGAAGAAGAUGCAGAGCAGUCAGGCUGCACCCACAGCACCAGACUUCACUGGAGCUGUGGCAGCAUCCCUACCACCUCCAUCAGCUGGACAGCCUCCUGUGCCCACUGUGUCACUGGAGUCGAGCUCUCUGCCUGCCAGCUCUACUGACACCAAGCCUGUGCCCGUGUUGAGCACACCUGUGCCCAGUGCGCCUUCUGCCCUGCCUGUGCAGCCCCCCAGCAGCCUGGCCCCUCCUGCAUUCACUGAGCAGAGCCAGACCCCCAGCAAGCCUCCCUCCUUCCCAAAGCCUGUCCUGUUUGGGAUGCUCAACACUCCUCCAGCCAGCCAGCCAGCAGUGACCACAGCCACUCCUGCGCCCACCACAGCCACUGCUGCRCCCACUGCAUCCACUGCUGUUCCUACCACAGCCACUGCUGUGCCCACCCCACCCGCUGCUGUGCCCACCACAACCCCCACGUUCAAGCUUAUCUUCGGUGCCGUGCCGAAGAGUGAGAGCACAGCUGUCACCUCCAUCACAGCCACCAUCUCUGCAAGCUCAGGCCCUGCCUUGACGUCCUCCACAUCGACCAUAUUCAAACCCAGCUUUGGCAGCAUCACUGCAGCUUCAUCUCCAGUGAAAGUCUCUCCCUUUGCCUUCAAACCUGUGGCACAGCAGGCCACAGAACCACCAACUGCCUCCACAACUACCGUGGCAGGAUUCGUGGGUCUUCCCAAUGUCAUUUUCACCACUGCAGCUACAACUGCCACCACCCAGAGUUCCUCCACUGAUGCCACCAUUAAACCUGUUUUCAGCUUUGGACUGAACCCACCUGCUUCCACUGGCCCUGCUGCCAGUGUGACCAUCUCUGCUGCCACCUCCACCAGCACAGCACAGCCCUUCCUGUUUGGGGGCCCAGUCAACUCUACUCCCAGCACGGAAACCAGCUUUGCCACCCUAGGGUCUGUGUUCCAGUUUGGGAAGCCACUCCCAGCCACAGUCACUGCCACCACCAGUGUCUCAGGAGGCCCUGCCUUCGGCCAGGCACCUUCAAACUCAACAGUUGCUGCCACCACUGCGGGCUUUAGCAUAUUUGGAAGCACYACAUUGGCCUCCUCUGCUCCAGCCACCACAGCUCAAGCACCACUGACAUUCGGCUCCUCCAUUUCAGCUUUUGGCAGUUCUUUCAGUGCCAGUGCAAAGCCACCACCACCCUACCCUGGCASUGGGAGCCAGCCCAACUUCAGCACUGGGCCUGCAGAGAGCCAGGUGCCUGCCAGCAAGCCGGCUGCUGGCCCCAUCAGCUUCACCCCCCCAUUCAGUUUCGGAGCCCCCCCGGCACAGUCGGUGGCUCAGCCAGCAUUUGGCAGUGGUGCCCCGCCAGCCUUUGGCACGACCAGCACCCAGGGCUCCUUCGGCACCAGCAACAGCCAGACAGCAUUCGGGACCACCACCUCGGUGUUCUCUUUUGGAACAGCCACUUCCACCACAUCCAGCUUUGGUGCCACCACCCAGACCACAAGCAGCAGCACCGGUGCUGCUGUCUUUGGCACCACCCCAUCUCCAUUCACCUUUGGGGCCAGCACACAGCCAGGCCCCUCUGCUGGCACCUUUGGGAUGGGUACGGCGGGCCUCASCAGUGGGUCCCCGGCUGUGGCCUUCAACUUCGGAGCGGGGCAGAGUGGGGCAGCCCCAGCAGCAACACCAUUCGGCUCAUCUCUGCCACAGAGUGCACUGGGAGCACAGGGCCAGAGCACGCCCUUUGCCUUUACCAUGACCAGCACUCCCAACARCAAGCCUGUGUUUGGAGGAGCUUCUGUGCCCACCUUUGGGCAGAGCACACCUGUCCCAGGAGCAGUGGGCAGUGGAAGCAGCACCCUUUCCUUCAGGACACCCAGCACUCCUGCCUCAAGCUUCGGAGGAGUUGGCUCUUCCUUUGGUUCGUCCACCCCCACCUUCUCCAUUGGGGCAGGAUCCAAGACGGGCACUCGCCAACGGCUGCAGGCACGGAGGCAGCACAAUCGCAAAAAGUAACGCCGGUGCUGCUGGGCCCCACUGGCCCACGUGUGGGGGGCUCCUGGCUGGAGCUGUCCCUGUGGUGGGACCAGGCCCCAUCCCUGACACCCACCAGAGACCAUGCUGGGAUGGGAUAAACCAAACUCUUGCUACUUGAACAGUUCUAGAGCCAAGGCUGGAUGAACCUCUGUACAUAUCUGCAAUGUUCCUUCCCUCACUUUAUUUUGCCAUGUUUAAUAAUGUGUAAAUUUUUCCCCAUUUGCUUCUUAUAGCUGUUCCUSUGCCCCUCCCCAGCCCUCAGCCAGCCCCGUGGCCAUGUUCCACUCAGAGACUGGCUGGGGACAUGCUGUGGUUCCAAGCUGCUAUCAGACAUUGUCUUCAUCAGGUCCCAAAAUCUUUCCCAUUGUUCAUCCCAUGACCUGGUGAACACGGUCCCAUCCCUGCAGCUAGGGCUGGUUCCAGCAUGGCACUGUUUUGGUGCCACAGGUGAUCAGCAUGGGUGCAGCUGGGUGACACCUCUUGCUGUGACUUCAUGUCCUGUUCCUUUGAGCUGAGGACAUGCUGUGGCAUGGGGUGAGGAUGGGGGUCCCCCCACCCCUYUCCCAUCCCCGCUGCUCCAUGGGGCUGUGGGUUGCCCCACCCUGCUCCCUCCGUUCUGCUUUAUCUGUGCUCCUGUUCCUGCGCUCACUGAAUCGAGUUUGGAGGAAGAGCUGAACCGUGUGUGUGGCGGCAUGUUGGUUAUGCCGGAUUUGCUGUUUGGAGUUUCUUUUUUGGGGGGCACCAGUCCUUGGGGGGAGACGUGCCCUGGCUAAUUGGGUGUUGACAGUAGCAUCACUGCGUGGCUGCUCGUGCUGGGGAGUUGUCCCUUCCGUGUCAUGACUGAAAGGCAGCUGGGCCAGGGGGUUCCAACUGUGGCAGUCUCUUCCUUCCCUUCCUCUCUGUCCUAGUGCCUCUUCCCCACUUCAGGGAGCUUUGGAGCUGCUCAYAGAAGGAGUCCAGAGCAGAUGCGUUCUCCCUCCUAUCCCAAAUCUGUUGUUUUUMAUUUUUCAGUUCAUCCCCAUCACUUUGGGUUUACCAGCCCCUAGGAACUGUGGUGCUGUCUUCCUUGUCCCCAUYCAGCCAGGAGUGGGAAUCCCACCCUUUCCUGCCUGGGAACUUSUGUGGGAAGAGACUGCCAGAGCUGGAGGUCACCAAAGAGCCUCCCCCUGCCCCAAGCAAGGGAUGAGCACUCCAUUCCCAGGAGUGCUUUGCUGCCAGGUUUUUACUCUCUGAGCCGUGUGAGUGUGUGUGCCUGCUGAGGUCUAAAAAAAAA